AUGGACAAGUCCAUCGGCGCGCUGCGGAACAACCUGGGCACGCUGCGCACGGGCCGCGCGUCGCCGGACAUCCUCGCGCGCGUCGUCGUCGACUACUACGGCGCGGAGACGCCCCUGAACCAGCUCGCGUCCGUGAGCGUGUCCUCCGGGACGCAGCUCGUCGUCAGCCCCUACGACAAGUCGUCGCUCGGCGCCGUCGAGAGCGCGAUCGUCGACGCGAACCUGGGCAUGGCGCCGAACAACGACGGCGAGCUCAUCCGCCUCAACGUCCCCGCGCUCACCGAGGACCGCCGCAAGGAGAUCCUCAAGCAGGCCAAGGCCGUCGGCGAGGACGCCAAGGUCGCCAUCCGCAACAUCCGCAAGGGCGCCAACUCCGACGUCAAGAAGCAGGGCAAGGACCUCAGCGAGGACGUCGCCAAGGACGCGAACAACGAGAUCCAGAAGCUCACGGACAAGCUCAUCAAGUCCGUCGACGAGGUCGUCGCCGCGAAGGAGAAGGAGAUCAUGACCGUCUAG